CUAGUCGAACGCUGGUUAAGCAACUGUUCAUGUAUCUAUAAGCAAGAGGAGAUGGCCCCCUCAACACCUCGAAGCGCAUCCAUCAGUUUGCACCACAGCAUGAACCGGCACAGACAUGGACAAGGAUCUCAAACUUCCACUCGAACCAAAAUUCCACAACCGCAAACGUACCGAAAACGAAACAUGCACCAUGCUGGUGUCCACAUAGGGCAGUUGGCUGAGCUCCCCGUUGGAAUCGACGAACAGGUGCGAGGAAUACUUGGGAUAAGGUCAUGGGGAGAUCGGGUGGCAGCUCCAAAUACACUCGAAACAGAAUCACGAUUCACCGGCCUAGCAGAGCGUUUCCUAGCCGACUCAAAAAAGAAUGCUAGUGAUUGUUCGCUUGAGGCGGAUUGGCAGUUGAGUCUGAGCAGCGUGGUGAGAGCCAUAGCAGAUUUUUCAAAUGGCGUGGUAGGAGCACACGCUACCGAGAAAGUCUGGAAUUCAGACCUCAAACCCACAGCUUCAUUGCUUGACGAGUCGCAUGAUGAAGUCCAGCGUGGAACGGCCGUCACGUUCACAUCGACACAACCCAGAUUUCCUAGCUUCACCCAAAGCCGCGUUACAACCGACUCUACUGACAAUUUGGGGUCGGUAUCCAUGCCUUCAUACUCUGAAUCGGUAGCAUCAACUACCAGCACUCAGGCGGCAGGCCCAUACUACAUUACGACUCCGAAACCAGACAUAACUGUCGGACUCGCGGACACUGCAUUCAUACUCAACCAUCAGCGACUCCUCGUCGACCACCAGGCAGCCGGGUCAACAAUAAGCGACCCCCAUGCGGCCGAGAUAGGUAUACGGUUCCCAUUUUUGAUUGUUGAAUCAAAAGGUUGGAGUUCGAAGGGGACCCUCAUCAGUGCACAGAAUCAAGCUGCUGUCGGCGGUGCAUGUAUGCUCAAGAUUUUGAAGGACCUCAGCUACCAGGCCAUGCGUGGACCAGGCACCGACCUCAAAUCGGACCUCGCAGAACACCAUCUUCCAUGCCAGCGCUUUGUUUUUUCCAUCGUGAACGAGGGGCCUGUAUAUGAGCUAUGGGUCCAUUUUGAGUUUGAAGAUACGUUUCACAUGCAGAAUCUCCAGACGUGGCGUACUACAAAACAACGCGGUGCGGAAGAGCUGGUAAAUUCUCUUGGUCACAUAAUGGAAUGGGGCAAAGGAAAGUUUAAGGACUGCAUUGUGGACAGGCUGGAACAGUUG